AUGACAUCCACAGGCCCCGAAGGACCAGGCAAGUUUCAUCGUGACCUCCUCCAUACAACUACAUGGCAUGGUGGGUCGAACCCAGAAGAUUUCAAAAACUAUCUGCUCCUCGAGGUUGUCGUCAACAAAAGCAUCGACGAAGUUUUCACAUCAUCGGGGAAGAGCCCCGUACUUCCUGGAACGGGAAAUCCCCGUGCUGAAAGGCAGACUAUUCAAUAUGCGGGUCGGACCUAUGCGCGCUGGCGUGAUCUCUGGUGCGGUGUUGGACCAAGGAGCACCAAGAUGAGCCGCGCCGAUAUCCUUCACGGCAAUGGGGACGGGCGGAACCUUUCGCAGUGGCUCGGUUACAACCAGGUCGCGUUCAUCCCCAUUCGAAUGCCAACUCCAGAGGAGCGCUUCUUGUGGGUGGAUCUCACCUACCCAAUCCGAGGGAUCUACUUGCCCUCCGCCUUCUAUGCGAUGCCGCAGCAGAAGUAUAAAGACUGGACGCGAUACGUACAGCUGAAGUUCUUCCACAACUCAUUAACGCUCAAGACGUACACGAGGGUGGACCUCCACGAGAGAUAUUUGGAGGUUCAAAGACGUGUCCAGGCCGCGCAGUACGCCUGGCAGCAUGGCGAGAAACUGGAAUUUCCGCCCCAGGAAAAGACCGUGAAAGAGCCAGACGUUCCCGAGGAGCCCAAUCUACCCGGUCUAGCCCCCGAGUUCACCAUUGGGGAGCUCAACAUCCCAAAGGAUAGAGAAUUAGGGCUCGGUUAUCAACCAAGGUGGACCGCACGGUUCGACAUCCAACAGCUGGCGCUAGCUCUCCAUGUCCCGAGCGAAAUGCGCGACGAGAAAUAUCUGGACACGUAUCAGUUUAUCACGCUUUUCAACUCCGGUGAUGUCGACUCUAUCAAGGCCUGGCAGAUGACUAAGGCCAGGGAAGUCGAGCUCAGCGACCACAUCAAGCACGCCGAUGUCAUCAACUUACAAGAGGGUACGGACAUGAAGGAGAGACCGACCAAGGCUGACUUCGACUGGCUCAGGGAGUCUCUGCGGAACCUGAUCGGUGUUGGCUUAGGCCUAAUACCCUAUGUCGGGCCCUUCCUCUCCAUGGGGUUCGACGCCGUCAUGGACUACCUUGACAAUCCGGCGGCGUGGGGUGUGAAGAACGAACUCAAGUUGGGCACCCAAGCAAAGGCUCAGGCAAUGAAGUCUGCCUCUGAUAUCCUGAAGUUUUACAGGAAAGGUAAGAUUCCCCACAUCCCAUUCAAGUCUGGCUUGGGGGAGGGAGAGGGUCGUCAACCGGUGUACGUGGGUGAGAAAGGGCAGGAAGCUGAGGGAGCGCAACAAGAGCCCUUUCCUAUGCCAGAGGAAAAUAAGACUGAGACUGACCAGUCAACGGUGGGUCCGGAUGAGAUCCGCUGGGUGGAUUCGGAUGAGGCUUACUGGGGGGGAAACCUUGAGUUGUUCGACAAGGCUAGAUGA